CCAGGAGGGGCGGGGCCUCGGCCCGGGCGCACAGUCAGCCACGGUCCCAGCCUGCCCCGCGCGGGCCAACGAGAGCAAAGCCAGUGACUCACCUCCGCCGCGCUAACUCCGCGCCAGCUCUCCCCUCACACACGCUCACACCCGGCUCGAGAUGGCGGCGGCGGCGGCAGCGGCGGGCGACUCGGACUCCUGGGACGCGGACACGUUCUCCGUGGAAGACCCGGUGCGGAAGGUGGGGGGCGGCGGCACCGCUGGUGGGGACCGCUGGGAAGGCGAGGACGAGGAUGAAGACGUCAAGGAUAACUGGGAUGAUGAUGACGACGAAAAGAAAGAGGAAGCAGAAGUAAAACCAGAAAUAAAAAUUUCAGAGAAGAAAAAAAUAGCAGAAAAGAUUAAAGAGAAAGAACGGCAACAAAAGAAAAGGCAAGAAGAAAUUAAGAAGAGGUUAGAAGAACCAGAAGAACCCAAAGUGCUAACACCAGAAGAACAAUUAGCAGAUAAACUGCGGCUAAAGAAAUUACAGGAAGAGUCAGACCUUGAAUUAGCAAAAGAAACUUUUGGUGUUAAUAAUACAGUUUAUGGAAUAGAUGCUAUGAAUCCAUCUUCAAGAGAAGAUUUCACAGAGUUUGGAAAGUUACUAAAAGAUAAAAUUACACAGUAUGAAAAGUCACUAUAUUAUGCCAGUUUUUUGGAAGCCUUAGUUCGAGAUGUGUGUAUUUCAUUGGAAAUCGAUGACUUGAAAAAGAUUACCAAUUCAUUGACUGUGCUUUGCAGUGAAAAACAAAAGCAAGAAAAGCAAAGCAAAGCCAAAAAGAAGAAGAAAGGUGUGGUUCCUGGAGGGGGAUUAAAAGCCACCAUGAAAGACGAUCUGGCAGAUUACGGGGGCUAUGAUGGAGGAUAUGCACAAGACUAUGAAGACUUCAUGUGACAUUUUAUCUUCUUCUGCUGUCUUCUUUCUGUUGCCCACAAUCCCUUCAACAUGUAGCACAACUUCCUUUCCUUUCAGUUCUGCCAAAUGCUACAAUCAGAAGUGCAGUAUCUUUUGUGCUGGUUAUUUAACCCCUUGACACUUAGGUGCUAAUGUGCAAAGGAGGGAACUUGGAUCUUGCUGCCAAGGGGUUAAAAUCGGGAACUCAGUUGCUACUAAAUCAUAGUUUUAAAAAAAACAAAACCCACAACUGAAUAAUGUUGUCAGUGCUGCUAUCUGAUUCCAUAGCAGCAGUCACUAAAUUGGAAACAAGGGUUGCAACAUGACAAAAAAUUGUGUAGUAUUUACCAGCACCAUUCAGUAAUACAGCCUUAACCAUACCUCCUGGAACUACUUCAUAACUUGUCAAGAAAAGCAGUUUGCUGCAAGGGCAUGUGGUGUGCACCUAGUAUUAAAAUUGCUUUGUCUUAAAAUUGAGCGUGAGGAUAUUAAAAAUACAUUGUGAAGAAGACUGCUUAUCUCAGAGUGAAGAUACUGCAACUGAAAAAGCUCUGGUUUGAUCCUUAAGUGACCAAACCUUCCGACUUUGAAGCUGAAGAAGGUAACCCUCUCCAUUAUUGCAGUACAAGUUGUGGAAUCUCUUGAGUGCAUAGACUGUCUAGUUUUAUUUAUCAGACUAUUUCUACUGAUGGAGUGCUUCAGAUAAGGAAGGGAAACUCUGCUUGUUUUCAUUUGCCUGAUUCAAGUGUCUGAGAAACCACUCUCUCUUGUUCUCCUAGGCUGCAAUGGAACAACUUUACCAGGGUUUUGGCAUUUUCUUUUCUUUAUAAAACAUUCUCAGCAAACUGCACCAGUUAACUACAGUUUGGUAAAUUGUUAUGUUAACAAUUAUGACAUCCGCAAUGUUUUAUAAAGCAACUAAUUUAAUAAAAUCACUAUUGUGAGGACUUAAA